ACGUACGAUUUUAUUUCUUAUAUUUUGCUUGGCAUCUCUAGUUUCACUAGGGCUAGCCCGAAAAUCGCCAUCUAUAUCUCCUAGACCAUCAAAGGGGAUUAUGGAGUGUUGGGCGGCAUCUUAUGAUCUAGCAAAGUGCUCGGGGGAACUUCUAAGGGUGUCGCAAGGCGGAGUACUUGAUUUAAGUAUCUGGCCCGAUUGUUGCAAAGCGGCUGAGAGCAUAAGUUCUGGAUGUUGGCCGAAAAUGUUUCCUAUGAAUCCCCUUUUCCCUCAAAUCCUUCGAAUGUAUUGUCCUCGUUUGUCGCUUCCACCUCCUCCACCUCCACCGAUGACACCAGACGCUCAGGGACCAUCCAUGGUGUUUGCUCCCACGGAUGCACCAACACCAAAUGCCGAUGCACCAACACCAGAUGCUGAUGCACCGACCAUGGAUGCAGAUGUUGUCAAGAUGUGAUUGCUCUAACACCGGUGGUGCAAAGCGGCUGAGACCAAGUGAUGAGGCGUAGUUGAACAACUAAUUAUUUUGUCUUGCUUACGCGUUUAGUUUAUAAAAAUGGAUACUUUAUUGAGAUUCUCUUGCUACAUUUCCAUUUUGAUUUUCACCUUUCUCUAUAUGUUUCAAUUGGAUCUUUGACCUUAAUGUUGCAAUUCUAUUUGUUAAAUUAAAUUUAA